AGUUAGUACUAUCAGGAGUAGAUUGAUCUAAAAGCUGGUAAGAUUCUGCGAUUAACACUUUUAUUUUAGCGUAGUUAUUCUGCUUGCCACAUAUAGGUAUUCAUAUUUGGAGUUUUGUCUCACUUGUUAGAUGUGCUAUCUAUAAAGGGAAAGGAAACAAAUAUUGCUUUCCUGAAAAUGAGUCCACCAGUCAGGAAUACAAUAGAGCAUACGAAGUAGGAAUUGUAAGUAAUUCGGCCACUGCAGUUCACUGCUUCGGAAACAUAGCACGUACUUCACCUCAUCAAGUAAACACAAUAAGAAAAAUAUUAAUUAUUGUUUUGAUCGAGGCUAAUGUAUUAAUUUUGAUUACUUGGUAGAAGUUUGCACAAAUCCACGAUUUUAUUGGAUCCAUGAUAUGAUGGCGUAGACCUACAAAAAGCUAGGAAGAAAUUUAUAUAAUUUCGGAACCCACAAGAGAUAAAAGUAUUCCAUAAAACAUGUCUGUAAAGAGGCAACGUACUAGUACAAUGCUGGCAAAAGAAAUUGCAGUAGGCUGAAGAAAUAGGCCUCUGCACACCAUCCAGAAGAAUGCUUGCAUCUUUGAUUGUAGUGACUCCAAAAACGUAAACAUCUUUGUCAAGUUUGAAACGGUUGUUUUGCUAUUUUAUUGCUGAAGUUGUCAUCAUUACCGCCUCACAGGUGAAAUACGCUUGACUUGAGACUUACAUUCGAAUUACUUUUCUUCCAAAUAGGUUCGUAAAGUAAAGAAGUUUUUCUCUUUAGUUAAUUUCCCUACCUUAUCAGCGAGAAUUGGUCAUAUCUAUAUUUAGGAAAUUCGUUUUCAAACGUUCGGUGUAAAUUUUAGGUUCCAUAUUUUCAAACAAAUUUAAUGCAUAAAAAAGGUAGUUUCCUAUCCUAUGAAUCACUGGAGCCUAGGUCAACUAUACAUGAUGAGUCUCUAAAACCAACAAGUCCUCAAUUACCACCGGAAAAGAAACAAAAAUUGCUGUCUAAGAAUUGUAUCCAACCACCCAUCCAUCUACUAAUUCAUCCAUCAAUCUGACCACAUUUUUUAUUUUUAUGCCUGCCUGUUUUUUUAAUUUCCUUUUUUAUAUGUUUUAAUGUCUGGCGAUAUAUCAAAUAGGCUUUCAACUCUUCCAGCUACAUCUGAUGAAAACAUGUCUCUUAACUUGGCUGAGGAACAAGAUGAAGGACCCGCAGGCACCACGUGGAACUCGGGUAUACAGAAAUCAAUUGAUGGGCUCACAUCUUGUGCAACACUCCAGCAAAGAUCAGGGAUCGGGAAGGAAAUCAAUCUAAUUUUCAGCAAGAGAAAGCAAGACGAAAUUAUUAGAACAGCAAGGUAACGUUCGUACAAAAACCAUCUUUCUUUCUAUAUAUUCAGCCAAAUUCACUCGCUCUUUCUUUUUAUGAACAGAUUAUGUACUACAGAGAGUAUACUCGGUAUUGCGUGAAUGACUGGUCAUCUAUAUUGAGACAAAUUUAUACUAACUUAUCUAUUUAUUCUUAAACUCAUUUACUUAUAUCUCUUUUAAAUAGGCCGGAUAACUUGGAUGAGAAUACUAAUAAAAAGGUUGAGUUUGAAUUCAAUAUAGAUAAGCAUUCAAAAAUCGGUGGGCAGAUAGUACUAUCCAGGUAAAGAGAAAAAAAAAUUCAAAAUCUUUUCAAUAAUCCAUAAAAAAGAUGUCUGAUAGAUAACUUUUAACCCAUCUUACUGAGAAUCUCCCAUGUAAAGUAAUAAUCAAGGAUUAUUGCAAAAAUUGGGAACAGUCGACAGUAUUUGAGGAACCGCUCGCGAUCGCGAAUUAUUGUUUGAUUAACACCCUCGGCCUGUAGCCUCGGGCGGUAUUUAAGACCUUGAUCACAGUUUUUCCUGAAACGGAUGUUCCGGCUGGAGAUUUAACAUAUGUGUAUCUGUCUCUUUGUCUCAUGCAAGACUUCUACGCAAAAUGCCAUUUGCGUCGCCUGAGCACGUAGACAUCGGAAAGCGAGCCCAACCCGAGAAACUAGAAGACAGGCAACUUAUCCUUCCAAAUGGGGUUAGAAUCAAAUUUGAGCACAUUGUAGCCCUGGCGGGGGAUUUCUAUGGUAUACCGAAAGCACCCAUCAUCGAUCCAUUUGACGAAGAAGACGCUGGCCGUCAAAAGCGCUUCAUGGCUGCCUUCAACACAAUGGCGCGUGCACCUGACGAUGAAGUAGAAGAGUUGCGCAUGCUCAUAGCUAUUGCAGAUAAGGACACGGAGACUAGAAAACAAGAUGAGAUCACAGGUGGUAAAUGGAUCGGUGGUGUCCCGGUGAAACCAGGGCGAAUGCUUAAGUUGGCCAUGAACAACCAUGACCAUUUUCUACCACACGCCAGAAGCGCUUAUCUGACUGGUCAUCAGUUGGCCUUGGGGAAAGCAAGAGAAGCGAGCCAAGCAAACACAGAAGAAGAGAAGACCAAACUUCUUCAUGAAGCAUAUGCCAUGGAGGCGUUUGCUUGUCACUUUCUUACUGACAGCUUUGCAAGUGGACACAUCAGGUAUGCCAAAAAUACGCGAAAUAACAUCAAGUAGAGCUAUAUAUAAAACUCCAUAGAACUAUAACUUUACUUAUUUGUCAUUCCCUAAUCAUUUUCUCUUCAUAAUCAUAAUCAUCUUUAUUGAGGAAACUUUUUCAUAAAAGAUAUGGUUUUCAAAAAGGAUCUCAAAACUAGAUAUAUGUAGUAAAAACAACAAAGCUAUAAAAUUGCAAAACAUUUAAAAAUUAGUAUAAGUAAAAAUUAAACGUAAGUAGCUAUAUUAAAAACUUAAAAACAUUACGUUUAAAACUAUUUACAUUCCUUGAGUCUUUGAUCGUCUGACUGAGGGAGUUAAAAUCGGAAACGGCAUGAUAUUGUGUUAUUUGCUUCCCCCAAUUUCUUUUGACACGUGGUAAUCUAAAAUUGCCUUUGUUACGUGUAUUAUGCCUAUGAAGUACGUCUUGUCUAAUCAAGUCUAUAUCGUGAUUAAUUAAGCCAUUGAUGCAUUUGUAUACGUGUACACACCUUCUUUGAAAUCGCCUUUUCUCUAGAGGCAGCCACUUGAGAACGGCUAAUGCCUCAAUGGAGGAUGAGUACAAUGGUUUAUUUAAAAUAACUUUAGCGGCCGUAUUUUGCAAAACUUGCAAGCUAGACAUAUGGGUAAUAUUAUGUUUAUCGCCCCAUACAAGAUCAGCAUAUUCAAAAAGGGGGAAUAACAAGACUUUUAUAGAAAAUUAGACGCGCCCUGAGAGGCAAUAAAUGCUUUAUACGCUUGAGAAGCCCAAGCCUCUGAUUGAUUUUCCCAGUUAGGUGUUCAAUAUGAUCAGUCCAUGUGAAAUCCGAAGAUAUAUGUAUACCGAGGUAUUUAAAGCUGCGAACAUUACUUAUACUAUGAUCUAAAAUUGAGACAGUCAAAUCAACUUUGCUUUCGCGUUUCCUAUUACUACCGAUAAGCAUGCAUUUAGUUUUGUCCAAAUUUAAAGUCAGUUUGUGAUCAUGAAGCCAUUUCGCCACACCCAGUAAAUCGUUAUUUAACUAAUCACUCAACUCCUUUGAGGAUAUACCAUAGCAAUAAAUCACAGUGUCGUCUGCAUAAAGUGACGCGUAGCAGGAGUUAAGCACAUUUGGCAAGUUAUUUAUGUAAAUUACAAACAACAGAGGCCCUAAAAUGCUACCCUGUGGCACCCCAUGCGUGACUGGAAGUUCCUCAGAUAACUCAUUUCCACAUGAGGUGCACUGUUGUCUACCAGUUAAGUAAGAACGGAACCAAUAAAGAGCUGUUUCAGAAAGGCCGAUCUCGGAUAGCUUGCAUAACAUUAUUUGAUGGUCUACCGUGUCAAAUGCCUUGGUUAGAUCGAUGAACAUAGCCCCGCAAAGCUUUCCUUGUUCCAUGUUUAAGAGCACUUCAUCAGCAAAUGAGGUCAAAGCUGUUGUAGUUGAGAAACCCUUCCGGAAACCAAACUGCUUGUUGGACAAUAAAUUAUUGGUAAUCAAGUACUGAUACAACUGCAAGUGUACCGCUCUCUCCAAAAUCUUGCUUAGUGUAGGGAGGAUUGAGAUAGGGCGGUAGUUGGAAGCGUUAGUCCUGUCACCUGACUUAAAUAAUGCCGUGAUUUUCGCGCAUUUCCACAAUUUGGGAAAUUGACUAGUGCGAAUUGAGAGAUUCAAAAGUUUAACAACAGAUGAUGCAAUUGUGUGAGCUGAGAUUUUAAGAAGUCUUGCGCUAAUUUUGUCAAGACCAAUCGCUUUGUUUGCUUUCAAUGACAAAAGCUGCUCAAGCACAAAAGAUUGAUCCAAUUCAGUCAACUCGAACUGGAAAAGCGGGUGUUUUGAAAUGGAGUUUAAAUUUAAGACGGAAGUCUGUAUUCUACUUGCUAGAAUUCGGCCAAUGGAAGCAAAGAAGCUAUUCAUUGAAGAAGCAAUGGAUUGGGAUGUUAUAUGCUGAACACCAUCGGAUAUAAUACACUGAAUACUCUCUAAAGAUGAGUUCCGAUUGCAUGCUUCGUUCACUGCUUUCCACACCUUUUCUGAGUCACCCUUGGCUUCCUCGAUCAUGUCACAGUAAUAUUUAGACUUGGCAGUUCGUACUAAGCCAUUAACUUUGUUCCUAAGCUUUGCAUACAUUGACCAAUGACGCGCCGAGUUCGAUUUUCGCGCCUUUCUAUGCGCCCAGUCACAUUCUUUCAUAGUAUCACUUAUUUGACUGUUCAUCCAUGGAAGAGGUGUUCCCUUGACACGCCUACUUUUUACUGGCGCGUGUUGAUCGGCAACCUCCGAAAACAUUUUAUUCCACGUAAACAAGGCAUCGUCGACGUUGUCCGCGUUUUCAACAAUAUGCCAGGGAAUAUUCCUAAGAUCAUCAUUAAAUAAAGUCGGAUUAAAAUUCUUAUAGGAGCGAUACUCGAGUAUUCUCGGUUUAGUCUUUGUUGUAACACCAGCUUUAAUUAUGCAAAAUACCAGAAAAUGGUUGCUAAGCGGUACCGGAACAACACCAGAUUUGACAAUGCGGUGUUCAUUAUUAGCAAAAACCAAGUCGAUCAUUGUCCGCGAGGUGUCAGUUAUGCGCGUCGGUUCUUUUAUUGACUGAGUGAAGUUGUAGGCCCGCGAAAAGUUAAGAAGUUCUUGUUUAUCUCUUUUGGGCAAUUUAGAACUCGCCAUCAUGUCUGCGUUUAAAUCGCCUAGAAUUACCACAUCCGAUUUUUCCAGAUCCACAGAUGAGAUACUCUCAUGUAGCGAAGAAAUAAAGGUCUGAAAGUCAGAAUCCGGUGCUCUAUAAGCGCAGCAGACGAGUGUUGGCUUGCAUUUGUUUCUAAUCAACUCAAUCCAUAGACACUCCUGACCGCCAGUAUUAAUAUCAUUCCGCUGGCGAAAAGCCAAACCCUCUCUCACAUAGAUAGCUACACCACCAUAUCCCUCUUUAAUGCCAGUGCGAUCCUGACGAACGCACACGAAUCCAGGAAGAUUAAUUUCUGUGUCGUAAAUAUUCCCAUCCAACCAUGUCUCGGAUAGAGUUAGAAUGUCCACUGUUUUACUGUCGAUUCCCUCAAGGCGCAAAGAGUCGGUCUUGUGUACGAGACUUCGUAUGUUUAAGUGAGCAAUUUUUAGUCCACGAGUGUUUCUUAUGUCGUCUAGCGUCUGGUAGCCGGGGUUAGACUCGAUAUCGCCAGCCAGAGCAAUUAAAGCUAGGGCGAAACAGGCUCGAUGAAAGAGCUUACAAAGCAUAACAGCUUUGAACGAAUUACUAAACUCUUUAUCUCUGUUGACGUAAAUUACCCGCAAUUUCAGUUCUGCAGCUCACUUUUGAGACAAAAUACACAUCACUGUCGUUUAGAAAAGUGCUCUUCUGCAGAUAUAAGGACUUGUAGUUUACAAAAGACACAUAAAUGCAGAGAAAUAUACAAAUGUUCGCAGAGAGCCUGAGUUUGCAUCCGGCCGCCAUGCUAAAGAUGAAAGAAGAUCUUGUUUUUUCGAAGUUUAUAAUCUGUAUUGAUUUAUAUGUGGUAUAAAGUUUAGUAUGUUUUAGUAUCCUUUGUGUGAUGUGCAAGCAUUUAUAAUUUCAGAUGUAUUUUUUUUGGGAGAUUAUCUUCUCCUGAUAAAUGUUUAAUUUACAGACAAAUCGUGCUGAUUACUUUGGCAGUCUGUGAAGUAAGAUAACGACGUAGGUCGGUUGUCAAUUAUUUAUUUUAAAAGAAUAUAUGGAGAGGGAAGUGACAAAAAAAGCAACAAGAAGGAGAAGAAUUAAAUAGCUCAUCCGAAGUAAAGCCUUUGUCGAAUGUUAAUGAAAUUACUGAGGCCCAAUCUACCAGAAAACGCCAUGUAUUACCAAAUGAAUGUUUUGGGUUGUCGUGAUUAUGAGUGAUCCAUAUAAAUCUGAAACUGUUUAAUACUUCCGAAUGACUCAUCAGGUUUGCCUAGAUCAUAGUUUUAUGUUUUCAAGCAGGUCAGCUAGGGAAAAAAAUGGCAAGGAAAGUUCCUGCAGAAAGAAGCUUUUUCUAAAAACCCGUUUUUCCAUAUUCCAUAAGUAUCAUUUUCAUUGAAUAAUAUUCUUUUCAUCUCAGGACACCAAGAGCAGAAUUAGGAAAAGCAACCAAUCUCCAUGUAGAUGGUCAUUACCUGAGUAAGUGUAUGCACGAUGAAGACGGGAAGUUUGGCCUGCGAGUAACUAAUAUCAGAGGAGACAAGUGGAUUGCUUAUGGUGAUGAAAUGCUUCAUAAAAGCGAAGACAAUUUUAAACAUGUUGUCGAGGCUAUUCAGAAAUCAGUCAACCAAGUGUAUGAAGCCUACCAAGACCCUAAUAAAGUUAUCAACAUCGCUGAGGUUACUAAUAUCAUCCCAUUUGUUGACAAUGAAGAGAAAAACAACUAUCCUUUGUUCCAAGUGAAGCCGGAUGGAAAACUACACAGGCGGUCCAACAUAAAUGAUCUGCAAGAUGCCAAUACAAUCUCUAAUUGGCGGGGGCUCUCGACAGUGACGAAGCUAUCAGUCCAGUACAAACCAAAAAACUCAGCAAUAUAAACAAUUCACUGACCAGCUCCCAGUUGGCUUGUUAGCUCAAUUGGUAGAGCGCUGCACCGGUAUCGCAGAGGUCAUGGGUUCAAAUCCCGUACGGGCCUAAAUUUUUUUCAGGUCCUAUUUACAACUACUCGUUUCAGUAGUGUUCUUAGCUGCGAGGAUCUUCUAAUUUCAUCUCUCCACCGCAGUGCAAAUAUGUGAAUUUUCAUAUAUCUAAAAUCUUGAUGAAGACUUAUUUCAGCACACUUUUCAGUGCAGAGGGCACUAAGUGCGUG